GUUUGUGUGUGGGGUGGGGGGUUGACAUCCCCUGGAUGGACAGGAACACGUUUGGAAUGAGGAGCGGUUGGUGACGUAAUGUUAGUAGGAGCUGGCGCUCUAGUCUGAACCGAAGCUGCGACCGGACUGGACGUCAAGUGAAGAAGUGAAAGCAGCAAUGGCUGAUACGACGGCAAUGUCUGGUGGUGAUACUGUUGAUGCACAAUCCAGUACAGUCUAUGAAGGAAGCCAAAAACAACUGGCUGGUGAUACUCUUGCAGUGGAUGCGGUACCUGACCAGUGUAUAAAAUAUAACAUGAACUACAAGCAAAUUGGCAUGUGUCUUAUUUUCAACAAUAAGAAUUUCCAUCCUGUGACAGGCAUGAAUAAACGUACUGGUACGGAUGAAGAUGCGGCUAAACUGAACAAGACAUUCAAAAAUCUGGGCUACGACAUUAUGGUUUAUAAUGAUAAAACAUGCAAUGAAAUGUUUGAAAUAUUGCACAGAGCUGCCGAGAGAGAUCACAGCCAAAUGGCUUCAUUUGUUUGUAUUUUCCUUAGCCAUGGAGAGGAAGGGUUACUGUAUGGAACAGAUGGUGCUGAAGAAAUUAAAAAAUUCACCAGUAUCUUUCGAGGAGAUCGAUGCAGAUCUUUGGUUGGCAAACCAAAGCUGUUCUUUAUACAGGCUUGUCGAGGAAAUGAAUUUGAUGGAGGUGUUGAGACUGACAGUGUUGUAGAUGAAAAGAGUACUUCCCUGAAAAAAAUACCUAUAGAGGCUGACUUCCUGUAUGCUUAUUCUACAGCACCUGGCUAUUACUCUUGGCGAAAUACAGGCAAUGGUUCAUGGUUUAUUCAGUCGUUAUGCCAUGUACUUGAUAGGCAAGGCAAGGAACUGGAGAUCAUGCAGAUACUCACUAGAGUCAACCAUAAAGUGGCACUUGAAUUUGAGUCCAGCACAAGUACAGAGGCUUGCAAUGAGAAAAAGCAAAUUCCUUGCAUUAUUUCAAUGCUAACAAAAGAGCUUUACUUUAGUUGUUAAGACUCCUUUGGAAACGUGAAAUUAAACAAUUUCUUCAAUUUAUUCCAGAAUUAACUGCGACCUACAGCUUCCAAUACUUGCCUGAAGAGCAAUAAAUACUUUAAUCAACAUAAUCAUACAAUUUUUGCUGGUUAUUUUGACGGCAUGAAUACAUUUCUAAAGUCUGUUCAGUUGAACUGUUGAAUACAAUAUCUUCACAAUGUUAAAUUUUGAAAAGUGACAGUUGGUUUUUGAAUUUCAUUGUUAAAGCAAUUUAGCAAGUUUUAAUGACUGAGCUUCUUUCGAUAAAUAAAACAUCAAAGAACUGGUGAUGCUGGAGAAAUUCAGCAACUUAGUGGACGUUCUUCCCACAAAUGCUGCCAGAUCUACAGAGUUUCUCCAGCAAUUUGUUUUUAUUUUGUUUGACAUAAUCGUGUUUGAGGAUCUUGCAUUGUUUUGUGUAUGAAAAUCUGUGUUCAAGUAUAAUUUUUUUCAUAAUUACAAAGUAACCCAGUGAGUGAUUAAAUGUAGAUGCUGAAAAACAAUUAGCUUUAUUGUCUUUCAAAUGUGUUAAAAUGUCCAAUGCUGUACAUUAAUUCAGUCAUGUCAGCAGUAGCUUGGCUGUAUAAACCUGAGUACCUAAAACAGGAUGAUAUUUUGGUGUGCUACUGAAGGGCUGCUGCAAUAUCAGUUCAGAUGCAAUUUUAAAGAGACCAGAUCUAGUUCCGUGGUUGUAUUGCCAUUUUUGAACUUGAUGUUUAAUCAAAUGACUCUGCAGAGUGUAAUUACCCAUUUCACAUAAUGGGUAAGACUGAAUUCUUAAUUAGGAAACAGAUUUUUAGGGUUAUAUUUUAAAUAUUUUCCUUUGUCACUAUCUUAAUUCUCCCCGUAUUCUUUAUUAAGAGACCAGGAUAACUUUAAACUCUGAGUACAGAGGAUUCUUGAUUUCUGUGGGGUUUUUUUUUAUUGUGGUUGUAAGAUGAUCUGUGCAUUUUUUUUCUUCUGUAUUUCCUGGAGAGGAUGGAUGAGCUUGACCACUGCUGCCUUAUCAAUAAUUGUUAUGAACUUGAAUACAAACUCCUUAAGUUGGGAUGGCAAAUUUAUACAGGGCUGCAUUGUUCUGCUAAAAUAAUGCAUACUUUGAUUUUUGCUAUGUUGGAAAUAUCUAGAGCCUAACUCUGUGUAUAAUUUUUAGCUGAUAAUGGAAACUUUAAUUUUUAAUGUUAAAACCUCAAUGCCAGGACACUCAUUUGAUACCUACACCUUUCUGAAAUUUAUAUGGAUGCUGAAAAUUACUAAGAAUGGUGUCCUUUUCUUGUUCAGGUACAUUACAUGACUGAAAUAAACAAAUUGAUACUAUAAUAUUACAAGAAAA